CGAGCGAGCGAGGGAGUCGAGGCUGGAGACCGGAGGCUGAGCCUGGAGGCUGGCGGAGAAGACAAUGAGCGCCGGCGACGUGGUUUGCACCGGCUGGCUGGUCAAGUCGCCCCCUGAGAGAAAGCUCAAGAGAUACGCCUGGCGGAAGCGGUGGUUUGUGUUGCGGCAUGGUCGGAUGAGUGGGAAUCCCGAUGUUCUGGAGUACUAUCGGAGUGACCAUUCGAAGAAGCCUAUUCGAGUGAUUGACCUGAGUGAGGGGGAGGUGCGCAAGUAUGCAGGGCCGGACUUCAUCCGGAGGGAAUUUCAGAAUGACUUUGUGUUUGUCGUCAAGACCGUCUACCGCACUUUCUACUUGGUGGCCAAGACUGAAGAGGAAAUGCAUGUCUGGGUGCACAAUAUCAGUCAGAUCUGUAACUUCGGGCAGGGGACCAAUAGCACAGACUCUGCCGAGAGCCUUUCUCUCAUCACCUCAUCUCCUCAGCCUUCCCCAGCCGGCUCCUUCCGUGGGGCUCAUGUAGCCAACUCCUCUCUUAACGCUGAUGACUCUACCACAGCUGCCUUCCCUGGUAAGGAAGCCAGAGCUGACUCCGAAGCACUCUCCUUGCCAGACUAUCUGGUUCUGGCCCACUGUGAGACAAGAAAGCUCAAUUCCAGCAGAUGUGAUGCCUGGUCCAACUCCGACCGAUCCCUGGAGCAAACGUCGUCAGAUGAGGUCUUCAUCGAUCCCCUUCAGGCCCAGGCAGCCAAUCACACGCUGCCCUCUUUGUGCAGCGGGAAUGGACUUCAGGAUGGGCUGUCCCCUGGGGGCCACGCUGCUCUGGUUGGCUGUAGCAACUUUGGGGGACCAUCCAGUGACUGCUCAUCACCUUUACCUUUGCUGGGGAGCCCCUCAGCUCCCAGUUUUCAGGUGGCCAAGGGACCCGCCAUGUUUUCCUGUGCCAUAACAAGAGAAAACAUACCCAACACUCCACCCCCUCGUCCUCCCAAACCAAUCCAUUUCAUGGAACAGCGCUCCUCGGAGGAGAGGCCCCCUCUGUGGGACGGCCAUAGCAGCAGCUGUGGCGGCAGCGGCAGUGGCAGCAGUGGUGGGGGCAGGAGGACUCAGUGGGCUGGAGUUCCAAGAAGGAUCUCCUUGUCCAGUUUAGAUGCUGUCAGAAGCGGUCGGGCUGACAGAGAAGGCAGUUCCCUGCGAUGCCACCGCGAUAAGAGGCUUAGUUUGAAUUUGCCCUGUCGGUUCACCUUGCCACCAUUCUCCCUGCCGGGCAGCUCUGAAGACAGUUAUGUCCCCAUGCACCCCAGCAUCUCCUCUGCUGGCUCUGGACCAGAAAGCAAUGCUGAUGGUUACAUUGCCAUGAACAGCCCUGAGAGCCUCUCCAAUCCCCUGGCAGAGCUCCCCAAAGAUCUGGAACCACCCCCAGUGAAUCGAGACCUGAAGCCCCGAAGGAGAACACGCCCGCCACCUCUGGAUCUGGGGAGCCUCUCUACUAUCCGGGAGCACUCGGCUUUGACCAGGACGUGGACUGUGCCUUACAACCAAACCAGCUUUCUCUCUCCAGAGAGGGAUGGGAUGAACUCGGCCCGAGCAUUCGCCAAUUCCGUUUCCGGAGAAGAGGAAGAAAGUUACAUUCAAAUGCAGGAACACGGACAAGGACACUCCUCCCCCUGUGAGAACGCAUUUUCUUGGCCAAAGAAAUUCAACCUUGAUUACUUAGCCUUGGAUUUCAAUCCGGCGUCUCCGUCUCCAGUGCUCAAGAAGCCUUUGAUUUCAGAAGAGCACCGGGUUGACUACGUCCAAGUAGAUGAACAGAAAACUCAAGCCCUGCAAAACACUAAGCAGGAGUGGACUGAUGAGAGGCAGGCCAAAGUGUGAAAAAAGUGACCCUGGGGCAUGCCAGAGGCCUGGAGGCUGCCCCUGUUGUGUGCCCCUCUCGGUCUGCCAUGCCAGAGGACCUAGGGAUGAGGUAGACACAGUCUUCGGGAGGAGAAUUGGCCCUUCAGUCAGAAAGAGAGAGGUAGUGUGGUGGAUCUAUCUAUCAGCCAGGGUCGGGAAAAGCCCCAUUUAAAUCCUGCCUCAGAUAAUUACUACUCGUGUGACCGUGGGUGAGUCACACUUACCCUCUCCAUGCUAGAAGAUGUUGGACUUUGGAACCUCCGGGAUCCCUUCCUCCAACUUGGUCUCUGAUCCUGUGACACAUAUGACGAGAUUCCAGAGUUGGCUGUCCACUUGAUGUCACCACGGAUAGUUUUCAACAGUACCCAGUCCAUGGCCUGCCCAGCUUUGAGUCCAGGCGCCUGGAUCUUGAGCCCCAUGGACGUUCCAAACACCCUUAGUGCUCCUUGGACCAACCAGCAAAGGUGCCCGGUGUGGGGGAUAGGAAUGUGGGCAGAGGCCAGGGAUAAGCCAGGCAGGGUUGGCCUGGGCAAGGGAAGAAGCAGCCCACAGAGGACUCUGCUGGCAGCCAGUAUACCUGCCCUAGGCUCUGGAGCUUCCUAGACAGCUCAGAGACUUUGCUGGAAUGUCCCUCUCAGAUAGUACCCAUUGGCCCACUCCCCCAAGGGCAGCAGCUGGACUUGGUCUGGCUGCACGCAAUGCCAGGGUGAGCCAGGUGUAGAAGGGCCAAGAGAAUGGCAAGCCCAGCUCACCUGCCUACUACUUGGGGGAACCUGGGCAAAGGCACUUUCUGUCCCAGUAAAGCGAGGACUCAGUAGAUUGUCUGGGAGGUUGGUUCCAGCUUGAAAUCCAUGGGGAUUUUGUGGGUGUGAGUGUGUAAGAGUGUGUGUAAGUGCCUCUAACACACUGGAUGUGUGCCCAUCAGAAUUCACAGUCACUAAGGCUGGAGUCUUAUCACAAGCCUCCUUUGGGAAGGGAUAUUCCAUACUAGGAGUUCCCCCACAAAUUGAAACCACAAAUAGGAAGGAAACACACACAGAAAACUCUGGAAAAUCAAACCUCACCUUUGUAUUUUCCUGCAGGCUAAGUUAUGAAUACAUGUAGACUAUUGGGAGGAGGGAGAGAACUGGGAUAGCUUUUCCAAGUGAAGGAUGAGAAUGUUGUCUUCAGCUCUUGGGCGGAGAAUACUAAAUGGUGCCUAUUUUUUCUCCCCACUUGUAGAAUCGUAGAAUGUCAGGCCUAGAGGGCACUUUAAAGACCAUGUAGUCUGCCCCUCUCAUUUUGUGGAGAAGGAAACUGAGGAAGCCCAGAGCUUCUGGGACUCUGGGCUCAAAUAGCCCAGGUUCCAUCCUGAGGACUUGACCCAGUGGAUCAUUUGCUCUUCUUUUGGCUCUUUGCCCUUUUCCACCUCCCUGCCUCCCCAGUUAAUCUGGGAAAUUCUCCAAACUAGAGCUUCAGUUCAGUUUGUCCAGAGAUUUCCUCAAGUGUGUGCAAUGGGGGUCACCAACUGCUAGCCAGUGCUCAGUGUACAAUGUGGCUAUUGGCAAUAUUGCACGUGAGCUAAACUCUUGACCCCACAGAAAAGCCACCAAGUGAAGAUAAGAUUCUCCAGAGCCCAUGAACAAAUACAAUAAUAUUCAAGGAGCCUAUCAGCUUCUCCCUCUAUGCCCAUUCACAAAGGGAACUGAACUUGGGUUUGCGAUCGGUGAAACUCUUUCUCAAUCAGUCCUUCUCCCAUAGUACCACUCUGGAUUCAACUCCCUGGGACUUGAUGAACAAACAGAUCUCUUCUCUCUGACCUUGAAUUGUCUAAGUCAUGGUCUGGCUGCUCUCCAAUUGGGGUGCGGAGCAAGAACCGCCUUCUUCCUUCUUUAAAAGGCACACUGCAUCAAGAAGUCUCUCUAGGUCAAGGAGGCCUCCAGUCUGGAACUCAGGAACUCUCAAACUUGGGAGUUAGCCACAAGGCAACUCUCAAAGCUGGUGCUACACAGAAAAUCUGUCUCUGCUAGAGGACUAUAUUCCAGGAUGCUGCUGCCUAAGAAAUUCAAAUUCCCCCACCUUUUCCCUUACCCAGGAGGUUGGGGUUCAGGAAGUCUGUCCUUGAACUCAUCUUUCAAGCUGUGGGCAAGCUUGUAUCUCCCCUGAUAUGUGUUUCUGCUAUAAGUCACCAUUGCUCGUCCUGAUAGUGAUGAGAGGUGGAAGUUGGGCAUGGAAGGAGAGAAAUCCUUUCCCUCUUCCCCUUGCUAUAUUUUAUCAGAAGAUUCAAGGGAAAAGGUGAGUCCCCAAGAGCUGAAAGCCUCAACGAAUCAGACCAGCUUGUUCUUAUAGACCAUGAUAAUGAGGCAUGGUGGUUCAAUCAUGUUAAGUCAGUAAACAGUUGUUCCCUGCCCAUUAGUUGCCUUCAAAUGACCAAUGAUUUAUAAUUUCAUUGGUUUGACUAGAGACUUCCAGUUUGAUCAGUGACUUAAUGUCUCCUUGUAGCCAAACGUUUCAUCAGUUUGAUGAAAUUAACCAAUAGUUCAUUUUAUUGUUUGCUUGUUUUUUGUUGUAUUUCCCCCCAUAAAACCAGCUCCUGGUUUUAUCUAUUAGUUCAAUGGUUUUCUUACUUUCAAUUUUGUUAAUCUUUCCUUUGAUUUUUAAGAUUUCCAAUUUGGUGUUUAAUUGGGGAUUUUUUAUUUGUUCUUUUUCUAGUUUUUUUUUAGUUGCAUGCCCAAUUUAUUGAUUUACUCUUUUUCUAUUUUAUUGAUGUAAGCAUUUAAAGGUAGAUAUUUUCCUCUAAGUACUGCUUUGGCUGCAUCACACAAAUUUUGGUAUGUUGUCUCCUUGUUGUCAUUCUCUUUAAUGAAAUGAUCAUUUCUAUGAUUUAUUCUAUGGCCCCACUUGCUUUUCAGGAUUAUUUAGUUUCCAAUUAAUUUCAGUGUUUCCAUGGUCCUUUAUUGAAUGUAAUUUUUAUUGUGUUAUGGUCUGAAAAGGAUUGCAUUUCAUAUUUUUGCUUUUCCACAUUUGGUUGUAAGGUUUUUUUCCCUGAUAUAUAAAUUGAUUUUUGUGAAGGUGCCAUAUAUAGCUGAGAAAACGGUAUAUCUAUUUCCAUUCAAUUUUCUCAAGAGGUCUAUCAUAUCUAACUUUUUUAAAAAAUUAUAUUCCUUUCCUUAACUUCUUUCUUGUUUAUUUUGUGGGUGGUUUUACCCAGUUCCAAGAGGGGAAAGUUGAGGUUACUCUCCAUUAGCAUCGUUUUCCUAUCUAUUUCCUCCUAUAACUCAUUUAACUUUUCCUUUAAGAAUUUGGAUGCUAUGCCAUUUGGUGCAUAUAUGUUUAUUAUUGAUAUUACUUCAUUGUCUAUGGUACCUUUUAGCAAAAUGUAGUUUCCCUGAAUAUCCAUUUUAAUUAGGUCUAUUUUUGCUUUUGCUUUUUUUUUUUGAGAUCAUGAUUGCUACCUCUGCUUUUUUUUAAACUUCAGCUGAAGUAUGCUUCAGUCUCCUUAUUUUUGUUCUGUAUGUCUUACUCUGAUUCAAGUGUGUUAUUUGCAAACAAUAUAUUGUUGGAUUCUUGUUUUUAAUACAUUCUGCUAUUUCCA